ACUUUUAUUUAUACUGAUAUUGGAGUUUUUUUUAAAUUAAGUUAUACUUAUAUAAAGCUUAUUUAAGUUACAUUAACUGUAGGUAUUUGUAUUGAAUUUUUUUUUUAAAACUAUGAUGGAAACAAAAGUUAUUGUUGAACAACUUGAAGAUAAACAACAAAUAGUAACAUAUAAAUAUUUGACUGAAAAAUUAAACAUUCAUCCAAAUAAAGCAAAACAAUUAUUAAAAGAUUAUGUUUCUAAACUCACAAAUGAUCAAAAAUACUCCAUCACAGUUAUUAUGGGGGGAACACUUAAGGAAAAUGAUGAGUUUAGUAUUGUAUUGGCAUAUGAUGAUCAUGUUGAAACUAUGCGCCGGCGUUUUAAGCAAAUUGAUUUUGAACACAUUUAUAGUAUUCAACCUAUUAGCAGAUUCGAUGAUAUUAAUAACGCUUUAUAUCUAGUGGACAAUUCAUUAAAUGAUUAUAUAAAUUUGCCUUCAAGUAUUAAAACAAAAAAAAAAGGAAAUGAACAAAAAGAUGCAAUUGAAAUGGAAAUUGAUUUAGCUUUGCCUGAACAGACAAACUUGUCACCUAAUGAAAUUCAAAACCAUGAAAGUGAAACAAUUGCGGAUACAAAAUUAGAUAAAACACAGAAAAAGAAAAAUGGAUUGGAUUUCUUUAAAAAUAAUAAUACCAAUAACAAAAAACAGGAAGAAGUUGCAAAAAAAGUUAUUCCAAACAAGGCCAAUUCAGAUUUCUUUACAAAAUUCAAAAGUUCUGAUAAAAAUCCAUGCACAACAAAUGGUUCUACUGAUUCUAAAAACAAUGAUGUAUCAGAAAAAAUUACAAAAACAGAUACUAAAUUAAUAGAUGUAGAGUCACCGAAAUAUUCACAAGACAGUUCAAUCAGUGUAAAGAAAGAAAAGAAAAAAAAAGAAAAUAUAAAUAAAAAUAAAAGUAAAAAGAAUCAAAAAGUUAAAAGAAAACGUAUUCAAACAUUCGAUAGUUCAGAUGAAGAAAUAGAUAGUGAAGAGGAAGAUAUGAAAAGAUCUGAACAUGUUAUGGAUGGUGGGGAUGAUGUUGAUUAUGUACAGCCUACUCCACCACGCCCAACACCAAGAGAGAAUCGAAAAAAAGAGAAACAAAUAACCACAUCCACAUUCAUGGAUGAUGAUGGUUUUGUCCAUACUACUAAAGAAGUUAAAAUUGUGGAAACAGAGUGUGAAUCACUUUCAGAGUCCAUUGGAAACGACAAUAUUCCUGAACCUAAAGAAUUAAAUAUUGAACCAGUUGUCAAAAAAAUGAAAGUUAGUGAAUCAGAUUCUGCAGAUAAAAAUAAGAACAAAAAUAAAAAAUCUAAAAGUAGCUCUAGCCAAGGAAUGAAACAAUCAUCAUUAACUAGUUUUUUUAAAACAAAAUAAAUAAUGUAUUACUAUAUUUUUUUAAUAAAUACACAAAUAUUAACAU